AUGGGCUUGUUUUCCUGGGCUCGUCCGCGUGGUCGGGUCUCCUUCUACAGCGCCAAUGACAACAACCUCCUGUUGACCCGCAAGAAUAGCAAGUCUGGUGCCAAGGAACAGGUGACACUGGCAGAUCUCUGUCGUACAGCCACCCCUGAGACCUGUGACCUCAAUCCAUUCCUCUUCAAUGGUCAUCUACAGACUGCCUGGACCGCAGUAAAGUAUGAUAGUGUUCCGGUGCACUACAAAAGAUGGAUGUUCGAGGCGGACAACCAGUUGUUUGAUGGGCAUUUCGCGGUCGAUUUCGUCGUAGAUCCCUACCAACCAUCCAAGGAUGAUCAGACGUCUGAUCCUGAGCGGAAGUAUACCUUGCCAGACGGCCUUCCCGAGCGGACCUCAUUCUUCACCGAAGACGAAUUUGCGGCACUUCCAUCGGACGAUACAAAGCCCAUGUUGGUGGUCCUUCACGGCCUGAGCGGCGGAUCACAUGAGGUGUAUCUGCGCCAUGUGGUUGCGCCUAUGAUUCAGGAUAAAUCUUGGGAAGCGUGUGUCAUCAAUUCUCGAGGCUGCUCGCAAACCAAGAUCACUACCAAUAUACUCUACAAUGCCCGCGCCACGUGGGAUGUCCGCCAGGCUGUCAAAUGGCUACGGAAGACAUUUCCGAAUCGACCCCUUUUCGGAAUCGGCUUCUCCUUAGGUGCAAAUAUCCUUACCAACUAUUUGGGCGAGGAGGGCGACGCCUGUCAAUUGAAAGCAGCGGUGCUUUGCGCUAGCCCCUGGAACCUGGAGGUCAGCUCGGAAUACCUGAAGAGCAGCUGGCUUGGCCUUCAGGUAUACAGCAAAGUGAUGGGAUCGAGCAUGAAGAAACUCUUCGAGCAACACGUGGAAUCCGUCGCCUUGAACCCCCUGGUCAAUGUUGACGAAAUCAGAAAUGUCACUUAUCUGCACGAGUUUGACCGAGCGCUGCAAUGCCCCGCAUGGGGUUACCCCACUGAAGGUGCUUACUACCGUGAUGCUUCUUCCAUCGACUCCAUGCUUGGAAUUAAGAUUCCUUUCUUCGUUAUCCAGGCCGAAGAUGACCCGAUUGCUUGUGUUAAAGCCUUGCCAUUCGGAGAGAUCGCCAGAACUCCGUAUGGUGUCAUGGCGACUACCUCCUGGGGAGGACACCUCGGCUGGUUCGAGUACGGAGGUGACAGGUGGUUUGUCAAACCGGUAUCAAAUUUCCUGAAUCUGAUGGCUAAGGAGGUGGAUCACACCACCCCUGGCAAGGUUGAGCACCCCGAUCGCCUGCCACCUUACAUUGCUCGACCUACACAAGACGGCGAUAAGAUGCCCAAACCACUUUUCGGUCCUGUGCGGCGCAAGUUGGAUAUCAAGAUUGUACCGUCGUCACCGUAA